GUUUGUCCCCAUCAGAAACCAUCAGGAGGGAACACUGGGGGGCUGUUUUCAUCCUGAUCUGCUUCCCCCACUGCCCCGAUGCUCCUGUCUCUGUGCCUCUUGCUGCCCGCGCUGAGCCCCAGCAGCCAGGAGAUCUGCUCAGCUCCAGGUGACCUCCCUGCCCCCACCCUCCAGCUCAGCCAGACGUCGGCCCAGCCCGGGGACACUGUGCAGCUCCAGUGCUCUGUGAUCUCCCAGCUCCUGGCCACCCGCAUCGUCUUCUGCGAGUUCGGGGAGGAGGUUUUAUCCCAGAGGGGCUUGUUGGGGAAAUCCUCCUACGACUAUGACCACACGGUGCCCAUGGGCAGCUCCAGGAAUUACUCCUGCGGGUACGAGAUCAAGGGCAGCGACAACCAAGUGAACAGAUCCCAGCUCAGCCCUGCCCAGCACCUCAAUAUCACCAGUGCUCUUCGUGCCCCCAUCCUCCACCUGAACCAGACGUCAGCCCAGCCAGGGGACUCCGUGCGGCUCCAGUGCUCCGUGUUCUCCUGGCCUUUGGCCACCCACAUCAUAUUCUACAAGGACGGGGAGGAGGUUUCAUCCCAAAACAGUUCAUUAGGGAACCUCACCUACCACUAUGACCAUGCGGUGUCUGAGGGCAGCUUCGGGAAUUACUCCUGUGGGUACGAGAUCAAGGACAGUGACAACCAGGUGAUCAAAUCCCGGCUCAGCCCUGCCCAGCACCUCAGUGUCACUGCACGGAGCCCCAGCAGCCAGGAGAUCUGCUUAGCUAUUGAUCUGCUCCUGGCCCUCACCAUCUGGGCCGUUCGAGGCAUCCUGGUCCUACUGCUCCUCGUGUCUGCGCCCAUCAUCACCUUCAUGCUGAAGAAAUGUGGCCUGCCCCGGCCUGCGGGGCUGGAGGAAACGCAUAGUGGGAGCGCCAGCAUUUUGCAGAAGCAGAGGAAGUUAAGCAGGGGGCCUGCACAAAGUCCUCCAGACAGCCCAACGAGCAGUUCGUUUUAUGAAGCCCCCUUAGCCCAGGAGCCUGAGCUGAAACCAGUAAAGCCUGUGAAGGGGGGAAGGGACAUGGCUCCAUGUGCUGCCAGUUCCCCCCGCCCCCCAGGCUGGAGCAGCAAACGCUGGGAAACUCCGUCUGUGCGCUUGCCUCGCCUGCAGGUUCUGGCCCCGCGGCUCCCCUUGGCCGGGAAUCGUGGCCAAGGGGAGAUGCAGGGGGUGGACUCUGGAGGCAUGCGCAGGGCAGCUCACAAAGACCCCUACACCCUCCUUGCCCCAGGGCCUGCGCCACCAAAGGGGAGAUACCUCAGGUACAUGCCCUACCCCUAACCCUCUGCCCCAGCUGUGAGCUUCCUCCUGUACCCCAAACACCUCAGCCUCACCCCAGAGCCUGCACUCUGGAUCAGAACCUUCAUUCCCCCACACCGUAGGAAUGCACUGUUUACUUUCAACAAGUUCUGGGAUGGGUCCCAAGGCCAUCCACCUGAUACGGGAGUACAGAAGUGCUUGGGAAGAUCACACAGGUAUCUAUGUUGAAUAUUUACCACCUGCUAAAGCUAAUUAUUUGGCCUGGGAAAUAUAUACAAUGUAUUAGCAAUUAGCAAUUUUGCCAGGUUCUCAAAACAAUAGGUGAGAGUAAUGUAGAUCCGAUAGGAUAUGAAUGUUGGGGAUAUUCCUAACCUCGGAACCUCGGUGUAGACUGAAGCCAUGGGAGGUGCUACGUACCAGCCACUGGGGUCCAUCCGCUGUCCUUCAGGGGGUUCCCGACAGCAGGAGGGACAUAAGCAUUGUAUCCUAGCCUAAGAUUUUCUUAAUAAGCAUUGCAUUUUAUUCUGAAAUCUGUUUAGGGUUCAUAAGCAUUGUACGUCCUCAGUAAGCUCUGCAUUUUAUUCUAAGAUUUGCUUCGGCUUAAUAAGUAUUGUAUUUUAUUCUAAGGUUUGCUUAAUAAGCCAUGUACUUUACUAUUAAGCAUUGUAUUUUACCUUAAUAAUUGCUUAAUAAAGUC